UGGUGCGUGGAUGCAGACUGGGACACACGACAUGUGCUCACCGGCUCUGCAGACAACAGCUGUCGGCUCUGGGACUGCGAAACGGGAAAGCAGCUCGCUCUGGUGAAGACCAGCUCAGCGGUGAGGACGUGCGGCUUUGACUUUGGAGGAAACAUCAUCAUGUUUUCCACGGACAAGCAGAUGGGAUAUCAGUGUUUCGUGAGCUUCUUUGACCUUCGGGAUCCCAGCCAGAUCGAGAACAACGAGCCUUACAUGAAAAUCCCCUGCAGUGAUUCUAAAAUCACUAGCGCUGUGUGGGGCCCCCUGGGAGAGUUCAUCAUCGCAGGACAUGAGAGCGGAGAGCUGAACCAGUUCAGUGCCAAGUCAGGGGAGCAGCUUUCAAACAUCAAGGAGCACACCAAGCAAAUCAACGAUAUUCAGACCUCCAGGGACAUGACCAUGUUCAUCACUGCCUCCAAGGACAACACCGCCAAGCUAUUUGAUUGCACGACACUUGAGCAUUUGAAGACCUUCCGGACGGAGCGACCGGUGAACUCUGCUGCACUCUCCCCCAUUUUUGAUCACGUCGUGCUUGGUGGUGGGCAAGAGGCCAUGGAUGUGACCACAACCUCCACCAGGAUUGGCAAAUUUGAGGCAAGGUUCUUCCACUUGGCUUUUGAAGAAGAGUUUGGCAGAGUGAAGGGUCACUUUGGUCCGAUAAAUAGUGUUGCUUUUCACCCCGACGGAAAGAGUUACAGCAGUGGGGGUGAAGAUGGCUACGUUCGCAUCCAUUACUUCGAUCCCCAGUACUUUGAGUUUGAAUUUGAAGCUUAAAGGAGGACUUCCUCUCCUCUUCCACUCCAUCGGCUCAUGCGCAGAGCUGUUGUGAGGCCUGACGUUAGUCUGCUCCACGGGAGGCAGCGGGAAGCAGUUAGCAGCAAACUCGGGGGCUGUGUGAAGGUGGGGAACGAGAAACCCGGCUGGCUCAAAAGGGCAGGACUGGCUUUCACAGGAGGUAGUGAAGGCGAGGAGGGGAUUUGGCUGCCUGCCUGCCCCCGGGGAUGCUAGCUUCCUGCCCUGCUGGGCAUAUUUAUACAUCAGGGGAGGGAAAAAAAAAAAAAAUCAUCAGGAAAUAAAUAGAAAUCUUUU